CUGUUAAAAAAGUAAGGGAAAAAAGAGUAAACAGGGAGAAUUUUGCAGCACGCAGGAGAUAAUAGAGCGAUAUAAGAGGCAUACUAAAGACAGAGUUCAACCUGAAAACCAAGCUGGGCCACAGUAUCUACAGUAUAUGCAGCAUGAGGCAGCAAAUUUAAUGAAGAAGAUAGAGCUCCUUGAAACAGCGAAAAGGAAGUUCUUGGGAGAAGGUCUGCAGUCCUGUACCCUUCAAGAAGUACAACAGAUAGAAAAACAGUUGGAACGGAGUGUUGGCACCAUCCGGGCACGAAAGCUUCAAGUUUUCAAGGAACAGGUUGAGCGACUAAAAGAAAAGGAGAAAAUCCUUGCUGCUGAAAAUGCAGAACUGAGGGAAAAGUUUGGUAGUCUUCAACAGAGAGAAACACCAAAUGUAGAGAAGGAAGGAGAAGCUCUUUGUAUAGAUGGUAGCGAAAAAUCAGAUGUUGAAACUGAAUUGUUUAUAGGACUACCGGAGUGCAGAGAAAGACGUCUCUAAAAGAAAUUGAUUUGGUGAAACAUCUGCAGUUAAAAGGGGUAUAUAGUCAAUUGUCAAAUAGUGCUAAUGCUAAAUAAUUUGUGCAUUUGAGCAAAGCAAACUAAUUAGGCUUAUGUCUCUUAGGCGCAGCUGAUUGAACUUUUAAUCAUCUAUGAGAUGGUUUGUACUAAGGGUAUGUAUUAGUUUUAUUACGUUUGAUUGACAGUAAUCUUAGUAAUGAACUCUUCUGCUUACUGCAGCUUUCAUAUUUUCGAGACAACUAUAGUCUAUAUUACUCUAAA